AUGCCCAAAUGCUUCCAACAAUUGAACUCUAACAACAUUUGCUCUCUACCACGCUGCAUAGUCGUCAUAGUUGGCGUGGGUCUCAUUCGGAAACAUCGGUAUCCGGUGGAGCACUUCCCGGUGCUGACGAAAGAUGGCUUUCUUUUGAGUCUGGUGCGCAUACCCUUAUCGCGAGGCAUUCCUCGGAGCUUCAAAACGGAACCGGGACCUCCAGUCUUACUCGUGCAUGGGAUCAUCUCCUCAGCUGACGAUUGGGUUCUCAAUACGCCGCAGAACUCUCCCGGAUUUCUACUCUCCGACGCCGGAUACGAUGUCUGGCUGAUAAACACUCGAGGAACCCCGUACUCCAAACACCUGAAGCACCGACGUAAUAGCAAACAGUUCUGGGAUUUCAGCUUUGAUGAAAUCGGCAACUUCGAUAUCCCCGCAGCUAUUGACUUCGUCCUGCACCAUACGGGUCACCCGCAACUCACGAUUCUGGGCUGGUCUCAGGGAACCACCGAUAUCAUGGUGACGCUAUCGCUGAAGCCGCAGUACAACCACAAGGUGAAACUUUUCGUUGCGAUGGCUCCCGUGGCCAACAUCACUCACCUCGCAUCUCCGAUGACAAUGCUCAUCCCAUUCAAAGGCUUAAUUAAGAAAACUCUGGACUUAUAUAAUGGAGGCGGAGUAUUACCCUCGAGUCGCCACUCGAGAUCGAUGUACAACCAUAUGUGCAAUUCUCACAUCCGGGGACUUUGUUUCCUGCCGGUGUCGGUCAGCGUGGGAAUCAGCCCUCAUCAGCUCAACAAGACGAGGAUACCCGUCUACAUGGCUCACAUGCCAUCAGGUACUUCAACCAAAAAUCUGAUCCAUUUCGUUCAGAUUCGCGACCGGAGAGAGUUUCGACGGUUCGACUACGGGGAGCCGGAGAAUCUCUGGCGCUAUGGCCUUCCCUUCCCCCCGAAAUACCCGCUUCACAAAAUAAGCACUCCAAUGGCCCUCUUCUGGGGUGAGGGCGAUCGACUAGCCACACCACAGGACGUAAGCACUUUGAGACGCGAAUUGAGGCACACAAUAGUCUUCGACUAUCUCGUACCGCAGUCGGGAUUCGCGCAUCUGGAUUUCACAAUCGGCAUCAACGCCAAAGAAGUACUACACGACCCGGUUUUGCACGUCAUCAACGAGUUCAACAAGGGUCUCCAUCUCGGAUUGUACCGACCAGAGAUCCACGACACGCUAUUCGAAGCGCCCGUGCCACCAUUCCCGAUGCCACCAAUGACGCACAAAAACCCGAGCGGGUUGCCAAUCAUGGGCAUCAAGGUGGCUUCGAUCGCCAUGGGCAAACCCUGGCAUCAAGACGACGAGUUCCCGCCGAUGCCUCAUAAGCCUCUCUCCUUCUUUGAAUUCCUCAGGCCGCCCUCUCUGGAUCCUGUUCACCGAUAUCAUUUCGCUGGCGAGACUUUCGCUCAUUUCGACAACACCAUGCUGCAAGGUAUCCCGGAAGAUCCUCGUUUCGGCAGCUCUCACGGCUUCGGAAGUUCGCCGCCAAGAUAUGCUCUGACGAAGCCCAUGUUCGCUCCUCACCGACCAAACAAACAGCCAGGGAUCGAGAUUGCGACCCAGGUGGCCCAGAACCACGUCGAGGAGCCCCCCGUAAAUUAUAUGCACGGUCUCCGACCUCCACCGCCCGUUCGCAAUGUCGCGAAGCCCACCGUCUCACCGGAGGUCACACCCGACGUCACACACGAUCUUCAAGAUAUAUCUCAGGAGCUCCCUGAUUCGUCGGAGGGCGAAUCAAACAUCGACGAGCCAAGGCAGCACUUGUCUAAACUCGUACCGGCCGAGGGCCAUUUCAUCGACUACGGUCUGAGCACCAAGCCAAUCGCCAUGCAUCCGGAUAAGAAUGGUGGCUUCCAAACCGACUGGUUCCCAAUUACGGGGAACUCGAAGAAGUUGAACGUACAAGAUUUGAUGCCGUCGGCUUCGAAGGCUCAGUUGAGCCCUCAGCUCCUAGUUGGCGAGAAUUCGAGAGAGAUGAUCAAGAGUCCCGCUUCGAAACCGUUGCGCGCCAUAUAG